AUGAGCUCACAACAAUUAGAAGAGAAAUUUGAAUUGAUAGCAAAACAUUUAUUUACAUAUUUUGAACGAACAAACUUUCAAACUAAUACACCAAGAAAUGUUGUCGAUACUUUUUCAUUAGCAGGUCAUCAUAAUAAACGAGAAUUUUCAAUCGAUUUUUAUUAUAAUAGUAUUCGAAUUUCAACAGAUUUCAAGAGAAAUGGAAAUCAAGCAACCUUAAAGAUGGAAAAUACUCAAAUUAAUUUGAAUCAAAAAUUGGGGUUUGAUUUAGUUAAAGAUGUUCGAUUAGAAAAUGGAGAACUUAAGUAA